AAAACGUGGGGCGGGGGAGGAAGGCCUUAGUGCAGGUAAAAAUGGGCCUCGUCAAGCCCUCAACCGCCUUCGCUCCUGCUGCUGCGGCUGCUUUUCUCGCUACAGUUUCCCCUCGAGAAACCGGAUUCUGCAAUUUUAGGUUGUGUUUGAUUGGAGGGAUAUCCCGAGAUGGGAUGGAAUCAUCCUAUUUUUAGAUGUGUUUGGUUGAGAGGCUAGAAGGGAUAGGAUGGUUCCAAAAGGGAAUAUUCCUUCAAUAUUUGGUACCGCUCCAUCCGGGAAAAUUUGGCGAACCGCGCCAUCCCACUUCCUCGCCCGUGCUCGCGUGGUAAUGACUCGCGUCCCACCACCUAUUUUCACCGCUCCCCUUUUUUUUCCGUUCGCUGUUUUCUCCUCCUCACGAUAACCUCUAGGGUUAGGGUUAGUGGCGGCGGCGGAAGCGCACAAGGCGGCGGCGCGAGCUGGGGGCAAGGCGGCGCCUCACGAGCAGGGCGAGGCGGCGGCGUGGCCUGAGGCGGCGCGCUACCAGGGCGACGCAGCGGCGUGGCCAAGGCGACUCGGCGGCGCGAGGAGGGCGAGGCGGCUGCGCGAGCUGGGGCUAGCCGGCGGCGCGAGCUGGGCAAAGCGGCGGCACGAGAAGGCCUCAUCCUCUCCAUCCCUACCCACAAACUGCAGAGCUCGGUUUCCAUUGUUCAAGGUAGGAAAUGGACAACAACAGUGGCAAGGGAGGAAGCACCUAUGCUUCAUGGACCUCAGCUAUGUCCUAUUUCAUGCUUUCUCACCUAGCUAAUGUUGUUGCCGGUGGCACAAGGACCUCAUCUGGCUUCAAGGCUGUCCAUCUCAAUGCAUAUGCUAGGGCGGUCAAUGAAAGGUUCAAUAGUACUCUCACGGGUGAGCAAAUUAAGAACCAUUUGAAGACAUGGCAAAGAAAGUUUUCAAAGAUAAAUAGGCUUAGGAAAGUGGGUGCUGCUGGUUGGGAUGAGAAAAAUUUUAUUAUUACUCUUGAUGAUGAGCACUACAAUGGUUAUAUUGAAGUAUAUGAUCACAAGGCUGAUGCGGAUUAUUUUAACAAACCUCUUGCACACUAUGGUGAGAUGCUUAUAAUAUUUGGUAGCACCAUGGCUACAGGAAAGUAUGCAAAGGACUCAAGUUCAGUCCUAGGAACAGAGGAAGUCCAAGAUGACAAUGAUGAAGAAAAUGAUGGUCCUGCCACUACUGAUGAUCGUGCGGAGGCAUCAUCUGCAAAUAAGCCAAAGAAAGUAAAAACACAAGAGAAUGAAGAUGACGGGCUGAUUGGUGCAUUCACUAGUGUUGGUGACAAGCUUGCCUCUGCUAUACUAAAGGUCGCCGAGCCGGACAAUAAGCUUCCAGAAAGUUUAUUUGACACAUUGAAAACCCUUCCUGGUUUUGAGGAGGUCCAUAGAUCAUUUUACUAUGCUCAUUUGGUUGCCAACCCUCACAUUGCUAGAGCUUUCGAUGGACUUCCAUUUGAAAACAAGAUGCAUUGGUUUGCAAUGUUCAUUAGUGAAAAGUUCCCUGGAUCAACAUAGGCUUCUUGGAUGAGUUGGAUAGUUCUUUUGGUAUUAUGUGUUGUUGAUUGGCUUAUUUACCUAUUAUGUAAGACUUUAAACUGCCAAUAUGUUGGAGGCAAAGAACUUACUAGUACGAGUAAGACUUCAAAUUGCUAUCAUGUACAAGAAUUAAAUGUGCUAUUAUGUGUAAGACCUUCAGUUGCUAAUAUAUGUAAGACUAAAAUAUGAUCCUUAUUAUGUGUGGCUUGUAUUAUAUGUGCACUGUGAACCUUCUGCUGCUGCAGCAAUUAGUAUGGACAUACAUGAAGUUUUAUAAAAAAAAAUUAAUUACUUAUGGAGCUAUAUUGUUUGUGAACAAACGGAAUUCACAGUGGUCAUUUUCAAAUAGUGUGGUGUUGACAAGUAUUAUUUUGCACUGUAUAGUGUUCUUGGGGGUAACCUCACCAAUUAAUAUCAAUAGGUAACCCUAUCAAG